AUGCGAUUCUCUCGUUCCGCCAUCGCGGCCGGUCUGGCCACUGCCGCCACCCUCAUCUCUGCUGAGGCCUUGUCGUCAACCUCUGACGUUCUCGUUCUCUGCAAGGACAACUUCACUGCUAGCACCCAGAAUGAGCCUCUCAUGCUGGUCGAAUUCUAUGCCCCCUGGUGUGGUCACUGCAAGGCUCUCGCUCCCGAGUACGAAAAGGCCUCCACCGAGCUCCUCCCUGAGAAGAUCAAGCUCGCCAAGGUCGACUGCACUGAGGAGAACGACCUUUGUGCCGAGCACGGCAUCGAGGGCUUCCCCACCCUCAAGGUCUUCCGAUCCGGCUCUUCUACCGAAUACAACGGCAACCGAAAGGCCGACGGCAUUGUUUCCUACAUGAAGAAGCAGGCCCUCCCCGCCCUUUCCACCGUUACUGCCGACAACUUUGCCGACUUCAAGAGCAAGGACCGUGUUGUUGCUAUCGCUUUUGUCGACUCCUCUGACAAGACCCACCUUGACGCCGUCAACGCUGUCGCCGACAAGCUCCGCGACAACUACCUCUUCGGUGUUGUCCAGGACGCUGCUCUCGCCAAGACCGCUAAUGUCUCAGCGCCCGCCUUUGUUGUAUACCGUCAAUUCGAUGAGCCCGAGGUUAAGCUCGAGAACAAGUCGUUCGACGAGGAGGUGCUUACCGACUUCCUCAAGGCUCAGUCGAUUCCUCUUAUUGACGAGCUUAGCGCCGAUAACUUUAUGAACUACGCCGACUCCGGUCUUCCCCUUGCUUACUUCUUCUCUGAUCCCGAGUCCAAGGACCGUGAGUCUCAGAUCGAGUCGCUCAAGCCCAUCGCCAAGGCCAACAAGGGCAAGCUCAACUUUGUCUGGAUCGACGCCGUCAAGUACUCUGCACACGCCAAAGCGCUCAACAUCCAGGGCGAGAACUGGCCCGCAUUCGCCAUCCAGGACAUCGAGGGUAACCUCAAGUACCCUCUCGAGGACCUCUCUGGCGACCUUGUUGGCAAGAUUACCGAUUUCGUUUCCAAGUACAGCUCCGGUGCUAUCAAGCCCUCGAUCAAGUCUGAGCCCAUUCCCAAGGAUCAGGACGGACCCGUCCACGUUAUUGUUGCCGACGAGUUUGACGCCAUCCUUGGUGACGACAGCAAGGACAAGCUCAUCGAGUUCUACGCUCCCUGGUGCGGACACUGCAAGAAGCUUGCACCCACUUACGACACUCUUGGUGAGAAGUACAAGGCACACAAGGACAAGGUUCUCAUUGCCAAGAUGGACGCCACUGCCAACGACAUUCCUCCUUCGGCUAGCUUCCAGGUUCAGUCUUUCCCCACUAUCAAGUUCCAGGCCGCUGGUAGCAAGGAUUGGAUCGAGUUCACUGGUGACCGUUCGCUUGAGGGUUUUGUUGACUUCAUUGCUCUUAACGGCAAGCACAAGGUUUCGGUUGACCUUGACCCUAUCGACACUACCGACACUGAACAGGCUCCUCCUGCGAAGGAGGCUCCUCACCACGAGGAGCUCUAA